UACAUGGUAGUAGUUCCGGCGUCCACACGUGAGGACGCUGAUCAAGGAAAUACAUGUACACCGCACAAUAUGCAAAAUGAAUUAUUGGAUUGUACAAUCAUUGUAACUGUGCGCCAUAUCAAUACUCACACCGCGCACUAUCACAGUUUGGAAGACUGGACCACCCACCCGCAUCCACCCUGAAUGUACAAGGUUAAGCCGGUUUGGCCAACGCACACAGUGUCUACAACUGUUUAUACCCUAUUGGUACACAGUACACGCCAACACAGUCACGGCCGCCAAUUCUGAUGGGAUCAGUUCUUCCCCUGUUUUUGACACGUCAUCAUCAUUUUUUUUUUGUGGUUAUCGUUGUAGUGACGCCGCGACUCCAUUCACCAUUGUACUCAGGUGUUGGUCUUACCAGAGUUUUCUCUGUACUAAAAUAUUUCUAGUUUUUGGUUGAUGUCUGAUGACUGUUAUUUAUUUCCUAUUCGAAUAAUCGUUAUUCGUAGAUCGUGUCAACGUUCACUCCGGCGUUCAUCAGCAAUCGUCCACGCAAGGAUUUGAGUUUUCAUCAGUUGUGAAACGACAAAAGGUACAGAUACUGGUAUAAUUUUUUUUAAAAAUUUAUAAUCAUUGGGCUUAUUAUUCAGAUCAAAAUAUUACUUUAAUAAUGAAUGAUAUACAAAAUAAUGAUCAAUCCAGCAAUUCAAACAACAAAUUUCCAUCCUAUCUCAAGUUCAAAAGAUUAACAUUUUAUGAUGUUAUUUAUGAAGUUAUCAAGCCAACAGUUCUAUUUACAAAUGAAGAAAAAAUACAUUUUGUAUUAUCGAAUGAAAACAUCAGCCAAAUUACUGCCAAUCGUCACAUUCCCGGUGAUGAAAAUAGAAACAAUUAUCAAUUACAAAUUAGAAUUGGUCAGCUGGAAAGUAAGGUCACGUCGUUAAAUGAGGUAACAGAUUAUUUUCCUCAAGGUCUUAAUAUUCAUGUUAAUACUAUACCUUGUACAUUACCAUCUGUCAGACCUAAACCAGGAAUCGCACCAGGAAGACUACUUGUAGCACCUAUUGAUUGCACUAAACUUGUUAAACUUACUCCUAACACUGAAAAUACUAUUAGCAUAAAGUGGACUCCUGAUACAAAAACAUAUGCUGUGGUAAUGUGUAUUGUUAAUAAAUUAACAGCCAGAACUUUGUUUGAGAACCUGUUGAAUAAAGAAAGGAUAAAUAUGGAAAAGACUAGAGAUGAAAUAUUUAAACUAUUGAAAAAUGACAAUGAUCCGGAUUUGGCUAUUACAAGUAUUACGCUUUCAUUGAUAUGUCCAUUAACAAAAAUAAAAAUGUUCGCACCGACAAAAUCUAGCCGGUGUGAUCAUUUUGAAUGUUUUGAUGGCUAUACAUUUAUAAAAAUGAACGAAAUAAAAGAAAAAUGGAGGUGUCCAAUCUGCAAUUUAGAUUGCUUUUAUGAAGACCUGAAAAUAGAUAACUAUAUUUUAAGUAUUUUAAAUAAUCCGACAAUUAAAACCGAUCCAAUUGGUAAAAAAAUUACAAGUGUACAAAUUUCACCAAACAAUGGUUGUGAAAUUUCCGUCAAUCAUGACGAAAUUAUAACUUUGGAUGAUGAUUAAUACCAUCGUUUGAGUUGGAAAAAAAACAAGAUAAUGAAACCCAGGAAACUUAUGACGCUUAUGCGUUACAUAAUAAUUAAAUCUAUAUUAUACUAUUCUUUUAAAUGAAUAUUAAGAAGCUCUAAAACAGCUGUAACCAGGUUAUUAGCUCUUCAGUUCUGAGCUAUGAAUAAUAAUUGUAAUAAACUGUUCUGUUAACCGUCUCUUCAAGUUGUACCUUCUACGACGGAAGACUUUUAAUUGUAUUAUUAUUAUUAUUAUAAGCUAAACGAUGUUAAAAUAUAUUAACUAUUAAAAUUAUGAAUG